CGCAGGGGACGCCGCCGCCGCCGCCGGCCGCGCCACUGCCAGCCGAGCGGCGCGGAGAAAGGAGCCCAGAAAGUAUGGCUGAGGAGGAGGCGCCUAAGAAGUGCCGGGCCGCCGCCGCGAGCCGGGAACUUUGCGCCGGGGCGCUCCGGGCCGGGCCGGCCGAGGCAGGCAGCGGGGACGCGGGCGGCCCCCGCCGGCCCCGUCGCCCGCGCCGCCCCUCGGCGGACCCCGGGCGCCUGGCCCGCCGGCUGCUGCUGCUGCUGCUCUGGCUGCUGGAGGCCCCGCUGCUGCUGGGGGUCCGCGCGCAGGCGGCGGGCCAGGGGCCCGGGCCGGGGCAGCAGCCCCCGCCGCCGCCGCCCCCGCCGCCGCCGCCCCAGCAGCAGCAGGGCGGCGGGCAGCCGUACAACGGCGAGCGGGGCAUCUCCAUCCCGGACCACGGCUACUGCCAGCCCAUCUCCAUCCCGCUGUGCACGGACAUCGCGUACAACCAGACCAUCAUGCCCAACCUGCUGGGCCACACGAACCAGGAGGACGCGGGCCUCGAGGUGCACCAGUUCUACCCGCUGGUGAAGGUGCAGUGCUCGGCCGAGCUCAAGUUCUUCCUGUGCUCCAUGUACGCGCCCGUGUGCACCGUGCUGGAGCAGGCGCUGCCGCCCUGCCGCUCCCUGUGCGAGCGCGCGCGCCAGGGCUGCGAGGCGCUCAUGAACAAGUUCGGCUUCCAGUGGCCCGAGACGCUCAAGUGCGAGAAGUUCCCGGUGCACGGCGCGGGCGAGCUGUGCGUGGGCCAGAACACGUCCGACAAGGGCACGCCGACGCCGUCGCUGCUGCCCGAGUUCUGGACCAGCAACCCGCAGCACGGCGGCGCGGGCCACCGCGGCGGCUCCGCCGGGGGCGCGGGCGCGGCCGAGCGCGGCAAGUUCUCCUGCCCGCGCGCGCUCAAGGUGCCCGCCUACCUCAACUACCACUUCCUGGGCGAGAAGGACUGCGGCGCGCCGUGCGAGCCCACCAAGGUGUACGGGCUCAUGUACUUCGGGCCCGAGGAGCUGCGCUUCUCGCGCACCUGGGUCGGCAUCUGGUCGGUGCUGUGCUGCGCCUCCACGCUCUUCACGGUGCUCACCUACCUGGUGGACAUGCGGCGCUUCAGCUACCCGGAGCGGCCCAUCAUCUUCCUGUCGGGCUGCUACACGGCCGUGGCCGUGGCCUACAUCGCCGGCUUCCUGCUGGAGGACCGCGUGGUGUGCAACGACAAGUUCGCCGAGGACGGCGCGCGCACGGUGGCGCAGGGCACCAAGAAGGAGGGCUGCACCAUCCUCUUCAUGAUGCUCUACUUCUUCAGCAUGGCCAGCUCCAUCUGGUGGGUCAUCCUGUCGCUCACCUGGUUCCUGGCGGCCGGCAUGAAGUGGGGCCACGAGGCCAUCGAGGCCAACUCGCAGUACUUCCACCUGGCCGCCUGGGCCGUGCCCGCCAUCAAGACCAUCACCAUCCUGGCGCUGGGCCAGGUGGACGGCGACGUGCUGAGCGGCGUGUGCUUCGUGGGGCUCAACAACGUGGACGCGCUGCGCGGCUUCGUGCUGGCGCCGCUCUUCGUCUACCUGUUCAUCGGCACCUCCUUCCUGCUGGCCGGCUUCGUGUCGCUCUUCCGCAUCCGCACCAUCAUGAAGCACGACGGCACCAAGACGGAGAAGCUGGAGAAGCUCAUGGUGCGCAUCGGCGUCUUCUCGGUGCUCUACACCGUGCCCGCCACCAUCGUCAUCGCCUGCUACUUCUACGAGCAGGCCUUCCGGGACCAGUGGGAGCGCAGCUGGGUGGCCCAGAGCUGCAAGAGCUACGCCAUCCCCUGCCCGCACCUGCAGGCGGGCGGGGCCGCGCCGCCGCACCCGCCCAUGAGCCCGGACUUCACCGUCUUCAUGAUCAAGUACCUGAUGACGCUCAUCGUGGGCAUCACGUCCGGCUUCUGGAUCUGGUCGGGCAAGACCCUCAACUCCUGGAGGAAGUUCUACACGCGCCUCACCAACAGCAAACAGGGGGAGACCACGGUCUGAGCUGCCGGGGUGGGGUCGGGGGCGCCGCGCCGCGCCGGCUCC